AUGUCUUCAGUGGUUACCGCAGUAUUCAAAUCCACUAUCGGCUUGCUCGUGAAUAAAGGCAGAGACAAAGCGGCAGAGAGACUGAAGGAAGGUGAUGUGACAGAUCAGAAAUUCCGUGGAGUCAUCAUGCGCGAAAUCGACAACGUUAAGCUGAAGUUGGAUGGUUUGGCAAGAAAAGAUUUGCUAGCGAGCAUUAGCUUUUUUAAGGAAGGAAUAGAAUCGCUUUUCGUUGUUUUUGACAGAGUAGCAAGGUCAGGAAUCGAGUUCAGCGCUAUAAAAGUACCAGAUAAAUCAGCAGGUUCGGGCACAUCUGUUUCCCUCGUUAAAGAGAUCGAAAAGUUGAGGCUUACAGGCCUGGAUGAUUCCGCCACGAGGGCGCUUGUCAAUACUAAAGAAAGAUUUAAAGAUGCUCGUCGGAAAGCGACCGAAGCCUUUGCUAACCAAGCUUUGGAACUGUCUGACCGCUUAUUAGCCAUGCAAUAUCGAGUUAUGGCUACAGUUCUAGAGACGAUUGACAACCCCGAAGACGCGUUAGCAUCUUGUAGGGUGUCAAUCGAAGAGCUCCACUCUUUGUCAGCGGUACAGACGUGUUUUAACGUUGAACUCAAGAAAGGCUUGCGGGCCUCGCUUAGCAAAGAGGAACGCCGACAAGUCAUCUCAACGGUCUGUCAAGUGAACCGGGUCAUCUAUGAUGUAACACUGAUGGUAACAAGCCGUGGGGAAGUUUUAGAGUCGUCCUUGCUUCAUGCAGGGAAGGAAAAAGUAGAUCCGAUUCGUGAUAGGAGAAUUGCUAAAGCUCUACGUAAAGUGGACAUGGAACACUGCUGUAUACAAUGGUCAUUUGGUCAGGAGGGUGAAGAGGAGCACAAGUUGAAAAUUCCGCAGGGUAUAACGACAAAUACGAGGGGAGAGUUCCUCAUAGCGGACAACGGGGAUAAGACUGUGAAAGUUUUUAGUAGCAGUGGAAGUUAUUGCCAUAGGUUUUACCUCCAAACGGAUGACACCAUCCAGUUAGACAUUCGCGAUGUUGCAGCUGACGUGGAAAACAAUACGUAUGUUCUGGUCAGACUGAAGAGAUCUGGAGCUGAGCAACGUGAUGAAUAUGAACGGGAAGUCUGGGUCUUCCAAGACGGCUCCGCUGACCCGCAACGCAAGUUUGCCGUGAGAAAAGGGGACCAGGGUUGGGGAAAGCUUGCAGUUUGCAGCCGCCAUGUACUGGUGUUGAGAAAAUCUGAUAGUGCAGUGGUUGAUGUGUAUGACCUUGAUGGGAAAUUUGUUCGUAGCUUGGGAGACUGGAUGUUCAUGUAUGCAACAGAUAUCACUGCCGCUCAUAACGACCGUGUCAUGGUUGUUGACAGAGGCAAAUCCUGCGUCCGCUGUUUCAACACUGAGGGACAAGAACUUUUUAAUUUUGACAUCAACAUAGAAGCAGAUUAUUAUUAUCGAGUUUCAUGUCACCCGGCAGGAGAACAUGUCGUUGUUGCUGGUCAUGAACGAGAGACGGGUCACCCUGUGGUCGCAAUAUUUACUAAGACAGGUGACUUGUUACGGAAGAUACAGCUGGAUGAGAACAAGGUUCGUUGGUUUGGAGGAGUCGCCGUGUCCAUGGAAGGUCUCGUGGCUGCAGCUGUAGUUGUAAUACCGGACUGUAAAGUAAUAGUUGUCUAA